AUGAUCAAUGAAGACCUCCAGCUCCUACCUAAUAUCACUUUGGGCUUCAGAAUCUAUGAUAGCUAUGCUGGGGCACAGACAUAUCAUACCACGUUGGAACUUUUCUCUGGUCAGAAGCAAUUCAUUCCCAAUUACAAGUGUGGCCUCCUGAACAAACUCAUAUCAGUUAUUGGAACUAUUGAUCCUGGAAUCACUUUUGAUAUGGUAGAUAUUUUAGAUUUUUACAAAGUUCCACAGUUCCCAACUGGUUCUGCUCCAAAUGAAAGCCCUUUCUACUACCAUUUAGUUCCAAGUGAAGAGGUUCAUUAUAUUGGGAUUAUUCAAAUACUUUUGCACUUCAAGUGGACCUGGGUUGGAGUACUUGUAAAAUACCUUAGAAGAACAUUAGAACAUCUAAUCUUUUCAAUGUUUUCUCUUAAAGGCAUCUGCAUUGCCUUCCUAGAACAAUUCAAAUCAAUUUAUUUCAAUACUUUUUUUGAUAAUUUGAAAUGGCUUGUUGAAACAUUUCAACUUCUUGCUAACAGCAAAGCCAAAGUUAUCAUAAUCAGUGAUAAUUAUCUUUUAAAUUUAAGAUGGUUGUUACGUCUACCUGAAAUGGAAAUAGUUUCUGUAAAGCCAAAAGGCAAGGUAUGGAUUGUGGCUUCCCAAGUGGGUCUUGCAUCAUUCUUUUAUCAGAAAAGCUGGGAUAUCCAAGUUCUCCACGGUGCUCUGACCAUUGCAGCUUACUCAAAUGAAGUUGCAGGAUUCCAACAUUUUCUUCAGACAAGAAACCAUUUCACUUCAAAAGAAGAUGGUUUUAUCAAAAAUGUGUGGGAGCAAGCAUUUGGCUGUGUUUUUCCAAAUCCAUCUGGGAAUGAGGAAAUGGAUAGUUUGUGUACAGGGAAGGAAAAACUGGAGAACCUUCCUGGAGCUUUUUUCGAAAUGAGGAUGACCAGUCAUAGUUACAGUAUAUACAAUGCAGUGUAUGCUGUGGCACAUGCUUUACAUGCCAUGAAGCUGGCACAACAACAGAACAGAAAGCUAAGUAGUAGAAAACUCAAUCUUCAGGAUGCCCAGCCAUGGCAGGUUUUUAGGGCCUUAAGAAAAGCUAACGCCAUUGAUGCAGAAAUUACCUUACCUGUUUCAAUUUGUACUGAGAGUUGCAUCCCUGGUUAUUUCAAGAGAAAACAAGAGGAAAAACCAUUUUGCUGCUAUGAUUGCCUUCCAUGUCCCAAAGAGAAAAUGUCAAGACAGAAGGACAUGGAUGACUGUCUGAAAUGCCCAGAAGAUCAAUAUCCAAAUAAGGAUCAAGAUUCCUGUAUUCCCAAGAAAAUAUCUUUCUUGUCAUAUAAAGAACCAAUGGGACUUGGUUUAGCCAUUUUGGCACUUUUCUUUUCUCUCUGCACAAUUGUGGUGCUGGCAACAUUUUUGAAACACCACAGUACACCUAUUGUCAAGGCCAAUAAUCAAAAUCUCACCUAUAUUCUACUCAUUUCUCUCCUCCUUUGCUUCCUUUGCUCACUGCAAUUCCUUGUUAAACCAGGCAAUAUUAUAUGUCUCCUCCGACAAAUUAGCUUUGGCAUCAUCUUCUCAGUGGCUGUGUCUUCUGUGCUGGCAAAAACCAUCACUGUAGUUAUGGCUUUUAUGGCCACCAAGCCAGGAUCCAGGAUGAGAAACUGGGUGGGAAGAAAACUGGCACUUUCCAUUGUUCUUUCUGGUUCCAUGAUUCAAAUAGGAAUCUGUAUUGUGUGGUUGCUCAUAUUUCCCCCUUAUCCCAAUGUUGACACCUAUUCAAAAAUAGAGGAAAUCAUAUUGCAAUGCAAUGAAGGCUCAACUACCAUGUUCUACUGUGUCCUGGGCUACAUGGGCUUUCUCGCAGCUGCCAGUUUCACAGUAGCAUUUUUUGCUAGGAAUCUCCCCAGCAGUUUCAAUGAGGCCAAAUGUCUCACAUUCAGCAUGCUGAUCUUCUGCAGUGUGUGGCUCUCCUUUGUUCCAUCCUACCUGAGCACCAAAGGCAAAUACAUGGUGGCUGUGGAGGUUUUCUCCAUUUUGGCCUCCAGUGCUGGGUUGCUAGGCUGUAUAUAUCUCCCCAAAUGUUACAUAAUCCUUAUAAGACCGGAAUUAAAUAACAGGGAACAACUAAUAAAGAGAAAAUAG